AUGAAGGCAGUCGACGCAAAAAGCGAAGAAAUAUUGCGCGUUCUUUCGGCGGACGGGCGGAUCAGCAACAUCGAUCUGGCUGCGCGGGUGAAUCUGUCGCCCUCGGCCUGCCUGCGCCGCGUCCAGGAGCUCGAAAGGUCCGGCGUGAUCGGCGGAUACCGGGCGGUGAUCGACCGGUCGAAGCUGGGCCAGGCGUUCACCGCCUAUGUCGGCAUCGGGCUGGCCGACCAUUCCAAGGCCGCCCAGGACGCGUUCGAGCGCGCGGUGGCGCAUGUGCCCGAGGUGCGCGAGUGCCACAAUGUGACGGGGCUGAUCGAAUAUCUGCUGCGCGUCGAGGUGGCCGACAUCGCCGCCUACAAGCGGUUCCACGCCGAUGUGCUCGGCGCAAUUCCGCAGGUCCGCUCGAUCACGACCUAUGUGGUGAUGGGCUCGCCCAAGGACGAGCGGGCGUGA